AUGAAGUUUACUCUCGCUACUCUUGCAACCGCUGCAAUUGUAUCUGCCUCCCCAAUCCGAGUCUCCGUCCUCAACUCGAACGGGAAAAACAUCGGCUUCCUUAACACCAAGUUCGGAGCCAGUUCCGGACAAGGGUUCGUGGACUCCACCGCAUCCACCUACGAGCUCUCCGACACCAACGUCCUCAGCGUCACUUCUGAAAACGGAAACCAAUAUGCCUUGCAAUAUCUGGGCGUUGCCGAUGCGCCAGUGUACCUCAUGUCGUUCAGCAACAGAAACUCAAACCCAGUUCCACUCGAGAUCGGCGGCGAUGCCAAGAUUGUGAACUACAACUGGUGGGCAUGCAAGUACACCUGGAGUCCCGACGGCAUUAGCGACGAACUCAAUCAAAUCGUCGGCGUCAACGCUACUUCUUGGGCCAAACCAUUUCCCAACUGCCGGAAAGUGGACUUGGUUUUGAGCAAGGUGCCUGCCGUGGCAAAGCGUGAGAUCAAUUCCUCCGGCGCAGCUUCUUCAGUCCCAACCACUCUUUCGACCCAGCCCAGCCCUACGUCCAAUGCCGUAGUCAACACCUGGACCACCGACGGCAGAGUCAUCGGCCAGCAAGCCGUGUGGUGUCAAAAGUCGUCUGUGGUGACGUUCACUUCAUGCAGCAGCAACGACUGUGCUAUCGUCAAGACCACCGGCAGUGCUGGGCAGAUGGUCAGCUGUACUGCGUGUCUCUUGCCAAAGCCCAGUAACAUCAUCAAUUUCAGUUUUCCUGGAUUUAUGUCUGAUGACGAAACUACUACUACUACUCGUACUGGUGUUGCUUCUGCCACUCGUGCUGCUUCUGCUACUGCCACUGCCACUGCCACUACUUCUGCUACCUCCACUUCUUCUGCUUCUUCUACUUCUACUUCUGUCUCUCGCGGUGAAGCUGGACGGAACAUGGCCGGCGCCUUUGGUGCUUUUGCCAUGGCUGCACUUCUCCUUGUCUAA